ACACAUUUAAACUUUUUGAAAGACACUUUUUGUCUUUUCACACUUUAUAAAUCGAAACCUAUUUGGUGGGAUAGAGUGCAAUAUCACCAAGCCCGCAUGUUAAUGUUUGGGUGAGAGAUGUGGCCAGCUUCUGUAUGAGUGUGCUCAUUGUGUGUGUCUGUAUUAUUUUAAUGUUCUUGUGGCACUAAGUAGCUGAGAAGUGGAUUUGUGACUGUAGCUCGCUUUUACCAAACGGAAGGGUGUUAUAGUGACUAUGUAUACUGUAAAUACCCAUUAAAAAUAUCGGGAAAAACACAAGUGUUAUCAAUAUGCUAUUACUUGCACACUCAGGACCAUAUUCACCUGUUUGUGUUUUUUACACAUCUGGACUUAAACACUGAGUCCGUGUACUCUCCUGUCAAGACUUACGACACCAGCAGCACACAUGCCAACUCUAAAGCUGAUCACAGCGAUGGACACACAGUAUUCAGCCGCAUUGUUGAAGUCGAUGAAUGAGCAGCGCAAUACUGGAUUAUUUUGCGAUGUUACAAUUAUUGUGCAAGACAAGAAGUUCCACGCCCACAAAGCCAUCCUGUCUGCAUCGAGUACCUAUUUCCACCAGCUCUUUGUCAUCGCCGAGCAAGUCAUUGAACUCAGCUUUCUUCGAGCGGAGAUCUUCGAGCACAUCAUCAAUUACAUUUACAGCUCCAAGAUUGUACGAAUUCGCUCGGACUUGCUGGAGGAGCUGAUGAGCGCCGGGCAGACACUCGGGGUGAAGUUCCUCGCGAAUUUGGCAACACCGCUCUCCCAAGUCAGAGGGCUGCCUGGUUGGUCAAAGGAGGAAAACCCCCAAAGCCAAACAUCGUCAGGAAAAGAUAUGCCCAUCAUCUCCGAGUCCUAUUCCAUAUCUGCGGAGGAGUUUGAGCAGUCGAUCAAUGCCACGGAUCGAGGCGUGGACUCGGAUGAUGAUGAUGUCAUGUUUGUCUCGGAGACAGACGCCAGAUCGCGAGCUGCCAAUCAGGAAACUUCAGGAGAUGUCAUUUAUGUUGAUGCGGUGAAAUCAGAAAAGGUUGAAGAGGUGCAAAGCAAAAAAUGCGCAAGUGCAACAUUUAAAGAAGAAGCACCCGCAGGGACGCAAGAAAUAAAGCUUCCCGACAGAAGCCCUCUGCGCAGUCCAGACAGCAGCUCCAAUAACCUGAAUUCCCCCACCAGAGUUUCCUCCGGAAGUACUCCCACUACGCCGGCUCAGACCAGCGGCUUAACCCCCGAGCUGCCCACUGCUUCUCAAUCGUCUGGAAAAGGCAACGUGAUGGAAAACACUGACAUACUGGGUGUCCACAAAAAGCAAAUUUGCACUUCACCGCAGCAAGGGGAUUUCAAAAUUAGGCUGUUGGACAUCUCAGACAGCCCCCCGAGUCAAAGAAAUGUCGUCAAACCCACGAUAGCAACGAAAAAGACGGUCACACUCAAUGCAGCCACAGAAAUCGAUUCCAUUUCCCCAGAUUGUAAAAUCUACGCCAACAUAGGAGAGAACACCUACGACAUUGUACCCGUUAAGGAAGAUCCAGGAGAGGGCGGCUCCAAGUCCAACAAAGGGAAGAGAUCCAUCCCGCAAAUACCUGAGAAUCUCAAGCCCUCACCUAACAAGAAAAAGUCAAAGUCCGAUUCCGAAGACCACUACGAGCUGAUCAUGGACGGCAAGACUUUCUAUGUGUGCACCGUGUGCAAGCGACCUUACGUGUGUCGGACUAGCCUCCGCCGCCACUUCAACACGCACUCAUGGGAAAGGAAGUACCCGUGCCGCUACUGUGACAAAGUCUUCGCCCUGGCCGAGUACAGGACUAAACACGAAAUUCAGCACACGGGCGAGCGGCGCUACCAGUGCCUGAUUUGCCAGGACACCUUCCUCAACUACCAACUGCUCUCCAACCACUGCAAACAAGUCCAUAACGUGGACCCUAGCGGGAAGAAGGCCAAGGACGGCGAGGACAACAUUUACCGUCUGCUGCCCUGCAAGACGAUGCAGAUGAAGCCCAACUCGUGGAGCACAGAUGGGUCGACCGUGCCGUUCAUCGGCGAGGAUGGCGGCAUGCACCACAUGGCUCACGGCCAGGAGAGUCUGCGUCCGCCCGCCCAGGGCCAGGUUUUGAACUGGGACGACAUUUUUGACUUUGACGAACAAAUGAUGGGCCGGCCCGGGCCGCCCGUGAACGUUAGCCCACCUGAGGGCAAGUCGGACUUCAAUUUUAACAUUCCGGAGACGUAUUGAGCCGCGCUGGCCCGUGCCAUUACUCGUGCCUUUUUGGAGGGCCCCACUUGGACUUCCAUUCCUCCUCCGUGGAGCUUUCUGUUCUCCACGGUAGUCUGGAUGAGCGAAUGUUCACACACGUGACUGCACCGCAUGUCAUUUGAAUCUGCAUCCAGAACCCUGAUUAUCUGUAUUUUCAACAAGACUUUGAACAGCUGACAUUUAAUAGACAUCAAACUUAUUUAGUACCGAACUUUAGGCCAUGUUUCCUAGACCAGUGUUUCCCAAUCUUAAUUAAGCAAAGGCACAUACAUCCAAAAAGUUUGAGAAAAAAAUUAUGACCUCGUCUCAACUAACUUAAAAAUGUACUUAGUAUGAAAUCUGGGCAUGCUAGUUGAACACAAAGCUAUUCUGUUUUGUAACUGGCAACAGAUGGUGACACAGAUUAUUUGUACUUUGUGGAAGAGCACUUAAUUUUCUGCUUGUCACUAUACGUCACUGGCAUAGAUUGACGAACAAAGGCACAUUAUUUCGAUUGAAUAAUAAUUUUCUGACCAAUUAAUUAAAAUUACAUUAACCCUUUAAACUCA